UGCGCGGGGUGGAACGUCUUGACAGAGACACUUCCUCACUGGAGAAUGGCGGCUACCGCCUGCUCUACCGUUAACAACACUACCGUUAACAACACCACCAAACCGCAGAAACAACACCGGAGGAAAAGUAGAGAUACGCGGCGGAGACAAGCGGCUCUGUUUUUCCUUAGUAACAUUUCACUAGAUGGACGACCAGUACAACAGACAUACCAUGGAAACCGAGACAGCGAGUUGUUAGGGGAUGAUAUCGGUUCGACAGUGGUCGGGACGUUAACUGUGUCUAGCUAUGGGACCUUCACUAACCUACCGACGUCUGUGAGCUGCGGUGCCGUCGGUACCUUUAGCGCUGUUCCGGGACUUGGAGUUAUCACCGUCCCGCCUAUCCUCGUUCUGCCUUCGGACUCGUUCAAUGAUGGGACAACGGAGGUAUUUCUGGAGAGGCGAGGAGGAUCGUUUUCCUCGCAGGGAAACCUCCUGUCUCCCUCGGGUCUCCUUCCUACUCCCCUCGGACGGCGGAAGUCCUCCACAUUACUGUCGGUCCAGAGUUGUAAUUCGGUGACUUCGGAAUCGGGACGGAGUCGGACUCGUAACCUGUUGGGUUCCCCCAGACAUCGCCCCGCGAAGAAGGUCCACUUCAUCAAGAACAUGAGACAAUACGACACACGAGGCAGCAGGAUAGUGUUGAUCUGUGCCAAGCGUUCUCUGUGUGCAGCCUUCUCAGUGUUACCCUAUGGAGAGAGCUUUCACAUCAGUGACCCCAAGUUGGACAGGUAUAGGCAUUCAUCAGGGAACAUCUCUACCAGUCUGGAGAUGAUGCCUGGACUCGAAGGGUUUGAACUGGAGCCCUACGGCAAGACGGUGUCAUAUGCCCAGUUUCUAUACCCGACCAACGCCCUGGUCCGCCAGAAGACCCCCACGGUGGACAUUACCAUCCAGGUGCCCCUCAACCAGGUGACCCGGAACAGAAACUACACCCCAACUAGGCUAAACAGCAACGUGGGACUGGACCUGGGUGUGGAUGACACAUCAGACUAUGACCCCAACCUUCUGAGUGACCCCCAGUGGCCCUGUGGGAAACACAAGAGAGUCCUGAUUUUCGCCUCAUACAUGACGACAGUGAUAGAGUACGUGAAGCCGUCUGAUCUGAAGAAGGACAUGAACGAGACGUUUAAAGAGAAGUUUCCUCAAGUCAAGCUGACUCUCAGCAAGAUCAGGAGUCUAAAGAGAGAGAUGCGUACAGUGGGUGACGACUGCGGCCUGCAGGCGGUCACCGUGGCGAUGGCGUUUGUUUACUUUGAGAAACUGGUCCUCCAGGGGCGACUCAACAAACACAACAGGAAGUUGGUCUCUGGAGCCUGCGUGCUGCUCGCCGCUAAGAUCAGCAGCGACCUCAAGAAGCAAGACGUCACACAGCUCAUAGAUAAACUGGAGGAGCGUUUCCGUAUCAGUCGGCGAGAGUUGAUCCCGUUUGAGUUCACGAUCCUUGUUGCCCUGGAGAUGGCUCUGUACCUGCCUGAGAGAGCCAUCAUGCCACACUACCGACGACUGGUGCAACAGAACUAGGACCACACCCACUGCUGUUCCUACAUGGAAGUGAGGGGAGGAGCUACGCCUACUAGGGUCUGGAGACUGGACGUUGGGGGUGGAGUGAGGGGAGGAGCCACACCUACUAGGGUCUGGAGACUGGACAUGGGGGUGGGGUGAGGGGAGGAGCUACGCCUACUAGGGUCUGGAGACUGGACAUGGGGGUGGGGUGAGGGGAGGAGCCACGGUUACUAGGGUCUGGAGACUGGACAUGGGGGUGGGGUGAGGGGAGGAGCCACACCUACUAGGGUCUGGAGACUGGACAUGGGGGUGGAGUGAGGGGAGGAGCUACACCUACUAGGGUCUGGAGACUGGACUGGGGGUGGAGUGAGGGGAGGAGCCACACCUACUAGGGUCUGGAGACUGGACAUGGGGGUGGAGUGAGGGGAGGAGCUACACCUACUAGGGUCUGGAGACUGGACUGGGGGUGGAGUGAGGGGAGGAGCCACACCUACUAGGGUCUGGAGACUGGACAUGGGGGUGGGGUGAGGGGAGGAGCCACACCUACUAGGAUCUGGAGACUGGACAUGGGGGUGGAGUGAGGGGAGGAGCCACACCUACUAGGGUCUGGAGACUGGACAUUGGGGGUGGAGUGAGGGGAGGAGCCACACCUACUAGGGUCUGGAGACUGGACAUGGGGGUGGAGUGAGGGGAGGAGCCACACCUACAAGGGUCUGGAGACUGGACAUGGGGGUGGAGUGAGGGGAGGAGCUACACCUACUAGGGUCUGGAGACUGGUUAUGGAAUACUCUGCCCCCACACCUGGAAACCAUGCGUUUGAUACCAUUCCACUCCAGCCAUUACCACGAGCCCGUCCUCCCCAAUUAAGGUGCCACCAACCUCCUGUGCUAAGCACCAUAAACUCAGAGGCUUUUACUCACCUCAGUAACGACACUGGUAUUUUACGCUCACCUUGAAGAAGUAUAAAUUACACCGAUCAGUCUUCCUACAAUAGCUGGUAUUAUUAUCAACAUACAGUAUAUAAUUACUACACAUUGUAAACCUGAACGUGGCCAUGCUUCCACAAGGGGGUGCUAAAGUUCAGCAGUAGCAUUUGGUAUCGGACGUGAGGUGUCACACUGCAAGAAUACCGGUUAUGCUUCAUACACACUAUAGGGGCUGACCUAAACUGUACCGUUCAGGUUUUCUUUUCUCUUCACAUUGUCUGUUCCAGCAGGGUUCCAGCAGCUAUGGUGGACGUGUAACCAGGCCAGUUUGGCUCGGUUUGGUCUUCUAGUGGGAAUCAGGCAUAAGACUAACAAACAACCAGGGAGGAAACUUCUCCAUCACCUUCCUGCCAGCAUGUUAAAGGGAAAACAAAUACAAGAAACCUUUUUGUUUUAAAUGUUUAUUUAUUAUAUUUCAUCUAUUUCUUUGAAAAAUAAGGGAUGUUUAUAUUAUAACCAAACCAGUUCAUUAUUUUGCACCUCUUUGUAGUGUAAC